AUGAGGAAACCAACUAUAGAAGGUCAGCUCUUUUAUGUUGAGGAAAUGGAUCAGUUGGCAGAUGAGCUUCUAGAAGAGUUAUCAACAGAGGAUCCACUACAAGUUGCUUUGACCAAGGAUUCUUCAGAGGGAUAUGUGAGCUCAGAAACUGAUGAGUACAAGAAGCUCCUUGACACCUUCAGACCAGUUCCAAACAUUCUGAGCCUUGAGAGAUUGGACAGGCCAGUUUGCGAAGUCAUGGCAGUGAGCUCGAUCAAGAACUCGAUCGAGUCGAGUUUCGAACAAACGAACUCGAUCGAGCUGGGGGCUGAGAGCAAGGAGCAAGCUCAAGGAGAUUGGUCUGAGCUUAAGGCGCCUAAAGUCGACCUCAAACCUUUGCCUGAGGGCCUCAGGUCUUUUGGAGCAUUCUGGAGCAUAUGGGACACAAGGAGCAUGGAGGGACUUGGCACAUGGAAGCAGCUCAACUGGAUACGCAAAGGAAGAAGGGAGAAGCCAUCUUGA